GCCGUCACUGUUUUGACAAUCUCGUUCUCUUCCCUGUUUUGAGAGCAAUUAAGAAGUCAGAGACUUGAGAUGAACCCGUGAAAUUGUAUUUGUGGUUUACGUCUUUAAUCCUCCUCGGAAGUGGAAUAGGGAGAACUGUUGGUUUGUUUACAAAACGCCGGUUCCGGUUCAUGGCGGAAGUCGUAUGACACGGAUGCAGAGUGGGAACACGUGUGGGCAUCAUGGGUGAUAUCGAUGAUGCAGAAUCUCCUUUGGGGAACUCAAAUGAGCUGAAUAACUCAAAUGAAGGGAGCGGUGAUCAAAUGUCAUCUGGUGGAGAAUCUGUGGAUGGAGGGAGUGAUGGAGACGACGCACAGGAUGAAGAUGGAGGUCAGGAGGUUGAAGAUACCAAUAGCAACGCUGGCUGGGCACAGGCAAUGGCAAAGAUAUUGGGGAAGCAAACCCAAAAGAGCAAAACCACCAUCUUAGUGAAAAACAAAGAAUUGGAUAAGGUGAAGGCAAAGGAAAAACAGGAACGGUUAGAGAGAAAGGAAAAGAAUGACAAAAAACGAACAUGGGAGAUGAUGUGCAGAGAGAAACCUGAUGUUUUGAAAGACCGUGAAGCAGAAAAAGCACUGCAGAGAAUUGCAACAAGAGGAGUCGUGCAGCUAUUCAAUGCCGUAAGAAAGCACCAGAAGAACAUUGAUAACAAGGUGAAGGAGGCCGGCGGCUCAGAGAGGAAGAAGGCAAAAAUACUUUCCUCAGUUUCCAAAAAAGACUUCAUUGAUGUAUUAAGGAAAACAGAAAGUGAGAGCAAAGACACAUUCAAGAAAGAAAAUGACAUAAGUACUACUGAGGUGGUGGAGAAACCAGCUUGGAGUGUCCUGAGUGACGACUACAUGAUGGGAGCAACUAUGAAAGACUGGGAUAAAGAGGAGCCAACGGUACAAGCGUGAGCAGAUGGGAAUUAUUCUGAUUGACACUAUAUUAAGAUAUAUAUAUAUAUAUAUAUAUUGAGAGGCUGGUCGUAAUCAUUAAAACAGAAUUAGGAUUUUCAGCUUAUACAGUAGUCAUGCUGUGUACAAAAGCUUUUUAUGUUGUGCAACGUCUGUAAAUAUCACUUUUCUACAGUGCCAUUUAAAAGCUGUUUUGCCUAUGAAUACUGGUAUCUUAUGGUGUGUUUUGUUCACUUUGUUCAUUGUUUAUUUCUUGUGAAGCAAGAAUUCAGUACUUGUUAUUAUUUAAUUAUUAUUUAACUAAUUAUUGGGUACUAAGUGUUUGUCUCUUCAUUUUGCUUAAAUUGCUAACAGGUAUUUCUAUGAACACAAUUAGAACAAAAAACACAUCAUGAAAUCCGAUUUCGGUAUGCUACAGUAUGUAAAUGCAUUUUUACUUGAAUUUAACACUGAUGCUCCCAUUGGCUAUGGAAGCAGCACCACUGGUAGUGGAUAAAAGCUGGACGUAUUAGGGAUGUAACGGUACACAAAAAUAUCGGUUCGGUACGUACCUCGGUUUUGAGGUCACGGUUUGGUUCAUUUUUGGUACAGUUAGAAAACAAAAUGCAAAAUAUAGAGUAAAUGUGCUCGUUUAUUACACACCUUUGUGCUUUCAACAAUAGGAACAUUAGCCUAUACAAAGCUAGAAUUCUGCUCAAAAAUUAGCGGUUGUUUAAAGAUUAUCCAACAACAAUUUGCCUUUCAGACCCCGCGUAUUGGUCAGCUUUCUUUCUGAAAGAAAGAAGAAAAAAAGUCCUGUGCGAAAGAGAAAAGGAAUCCCAAUGACAAAGAUUUUAACAUGUAUUUUACAAAUGAAAUGCCUCGGUGAAUCAUUUUUUUUUUCUUACUAACGGUUUUCAAAAGCUUUAUUGGUGGAUUUUCUCAUUAAAGCGCCACACAGAAAUUAAUACUUUGUGUAAGCAGGAUCUGUGUAUUAUUCUUAUUAUUUAGUUACAGGUGUUUUAGCUCAUUUUAAUUUAUUUUGUCUAUUUUAUCCAUUAUGUGAUGUAGUAUUCAUUUAUAUUGUAUAUUUUAUGUUGUAUAACUUUAGUUCCUAUGUGAAUAUUAGUUCCUACUUGGUUUGUUGUGGUAGGAGGGUUUUGUAUUGAACACGGGGCCGUAUUGGUUAUUAUUAUAGCAGAGAAGACAGCAGUAAAUCAACAAAGACAAGUCAACUGUGCCCCGAUCUACCACUCAAGAGAUCUGAUGGACUCAAAAAGUGGGUUACGAUUAAGCCUGUCGCAAUAUGCAAUAAUUCCAUUUAUCGCGCGAUAAAUUAAAAUAAAGGCGGUAAUUUUUCUGCUGCGAUUUAUCGCCUCGUGUGCACGUGCGUGCGCGCGUGUGGCUGACGUGCUGUUAAAAGUUCGUUACCAACUGCGCAAAAUGCAUCUUCCUUACAGGUCUGGCAAAAACUAGCGCCGGAGCCAAUCAUUCCCAUUAUAUCCUAUUGUUCAACAUAUGCCGGCCGCGUCAGUGCUCCGAGUGACUGUGGACCAUCUACGGCGCGCCGGUGUUGUUGACGUGUGGGCGCUCCCGUCAGGAGUGACAUUUCACGCGGGCCGGCUAUUUUUCGGCACAACGCCGGAUAUUUACAACGAAGUCCGCCAAAACAUUGUUACCGACUUGGCUGCUACGAACAACCUCGCUUUGACACCGAACAGCUGAAUGAAAUUGAGAGCGCUGUGCUUCAAACUCGUCCUGUUAUGAAACUCUGGUGUUGUGUAGUAAUGAGCAGGCGUGACUUCAGCGGUGCUUGCUAACUUUUUUUAAUGCGCCCACACACUAGAUAUCAUGAAAUGGCAAAUUAGAUGUGCCUCGUCCCAUGCCAUUGGCUACGUGAGCCCAGAGUGAUUAUGGGACAUGUAGUCCAUAUACUACAUAGAUGAAUUCUAAACUGUCAUGACUGAAUGGAAGUUAAGAAGGCCAAAUCAAUCCAUACCAGUGACUAUAGAUAAUGUUGCAAAUAUUGUUAAUUCAGUACGUGACACAGAUGGAUUCGGACCACAAAUAGUCUUGCUCAUGUAGUAAACCUAGCUGCUAAGAGAGCUGUGGCAGUCAACAGUGUGCCUUGCCUCACUUUACAAACAGUAAAGAUUGUUCUCAGCACUUUUAUACAAACUUUUUUCAGAUCAGUAAGAAGUAAGCACAUAAAUAUUAUGCACUAAAAUGCAUGUUUAUAUGAUGCCAAUUUAAUUUUUGCUCGUUAGCAAAA